AUGAGAAUGAUGAGUGUUCAAGAUUUGCAAAAGGGAUGGGAGGAACGGGAAGUUGAGUCAAUGUAUGGAAACGUCACUCAAAGACAAAGCACUGAACGACUGAAUCUCGAGUUCAUUUCAUCCGCCAUUGACUGCAAAGCAAACGCAACUAAACGUACGUAUCGUUCGGCCACUCAUUCACUGAUUGCAAGCGUCCGUCAAAUGAAUGGACUGACGCUGUCGACCACAACGGAACCGGUGAGAGGAGAGGCGGGAAUUGCUUCUCAAUGCUCGGGAGGAAAGGAUGCCAACGGCUCUCCUCAUCCGCAACAGAGCUCAUCGACCGGUUGGACCCCAAGCUUGAGAUCCACCACCCGAUGGGUGCCUCCGAGUAGCAUAAGACGAGAUUUGCAAUCCCUUAACCAUACCAUACAAUCACUUCAAUCCAAUACAAAGCAUAUCGAAGACAAACAAAAUGCCAUUUUUCGUAGAGUCCGAGGUAUUCUCAAUAAGAUUACGCCCGAGAAGUUCAAAAAGUUAAGUAAAGAGCUGUUGGCGACCUUCUGCCGACUCCUGUUGGCCAAGUGUCAGGACGAGUUCGAGAACAGACGGCGCGCCAGUGAGGCCUUCGACGACAGGGAUGGACCUCUCAGUGCUCUCGAGGAGGAGCAGCGGUCGGUCGCCAAACACAAGAUGUUGGGAAACAUUAAGUUCAUCUGUGAAUUGGGGAAACAAAACCUUCUGCAGGAAUCCAUUCUUCAUCUCUGUAUCCGACAAUUGCUUUCCAAACAAACUAAGGAUCAGUCGAUACAAGAAAAGGCUGAAGACCUCGAAUGUCUCACUCAGAUCAUGAAGACCGUCGGACGCCUCCUCGACAACGAGAAGGCAAAGCCUUUAAUGAAUCAAUAUUUUGAACGAAUGGAGUACUACUCGACUAAUUAUGAACUCAGUUCUCGCAUCAGAUUCAUGUUACAAGACGUCCUCGAACUCAGACGCAAUCACUGGGCCCCCCGUCGAGUCCAACGCGAAGCCGGACCUAAAACUAUAUUACAGAUACGGGAGGAGGCGGCCAAGGAUUACGGCGUUUAUAUGCCUCCCCAUCAGUACACGUUUGGACCGCUUAGAGGUGGUGGUCAGCAAAAGCCGGGACAGCGCAUGGAUGAGGAGUUUCUAAUGAACCCAUUGGCAUAUAAUCUACAUUUAGGCACAGGUCCCGGUGCUAUAAACGAUGUCUACAAUCACAACCCAGCCCUCGCUGGCCGACGCAAUCAAUCGAAUAAUUAUCCGGGUUUUCAAUUCCCAAAUCAUGUGAAGCGCGAGUCUAUGAAUUCAAGACAACAACAGCAACAACAACAACAGGUUAUUGUGAACACGCCGUCGGCUAACACUACCGGUGGUCGAGAACUCCCGCCGCGAUUUCAGAAACUACAACAACAACAGCAACCGGCCGUCUCUUUGGCCAACACUACGGUAAAUGCGAAUCAAAUGCCACCGCAAGCCAUGCCUCUGAAGCCGAUGGUCGCGAUCCCUAAAUCGCAAACUCUUGGCUUCGACUCGAGUGACAUCUCUUUACGACCGGCUAUUAAUUCAAUGGUUUCCAAACCAAACAUACCUUUAACUAAGCCAUCGAUGGCUAACUCUGCUCUCAAUUUUCAAAACAAUAACACAAAUAAUGCCAAACAUUUUGAUCGGAAUAUUAUGAAUGAAAACAAAACUAUGGACAACAUUAACGAGAAGACUGUAAUCAAUACGAAUGUGACGAAUCAGAGCAACAAAGAGUCGCUUCUCAAGAAGACUGAGGAAGCGCUCAAAGAAAUCCUUUCAGAAAACCAGAACAUUGAUGACGUGAUCAUUAAAUUCAAAGAAAUGAAAAUUCCUAAAAACUUUCAAUUAGACGUUUUGGUGACUAUUCUCAAGAAGUCGGUGGAAGCGUCUGAGAGUGAAAGAGAGACGUCGACUAAACUCCUGAAUCAGUUGAAGGCUGAGGACGUUAUCGGCGCCAAUAUUUUUAUGAAUGCUUUCAAAGAAUUAAUUAACCGAAUCGAGGAACUGGAGUCUUAUAUACCGCGUGCGAAGUCAAAUGUGGCGGCAUUUAUAUCUGCGGCCAUCGCUGACAAUGUGGUGACUCUGAAGGAGGCCAGUGAGCCGUUAGAGGGCGGACAGCAUUACCCUCUGUUCCUGUUAUGUCUGCAACACUUGCAUAAAACCAAAGGCAAUGUUUGGCUCUUCUCGGCGUUCACUGAAAGUAAAAUAAAUUUGAUUGAAAUGUUACCCGAAAACGAUCGAAACAAAGAGCGAUUGGCAGAUAUAUUGGAGGACAGAGCCCUUGGAUUCCUGUUCCCAAUGUUGCGAAUAGAGUCCGACUUAUGGAAACAACUCACUCAGAAUGACUGCUCUCCCAACACACUGUAUCGUUGGCUCAAAGACAAUGUCGACCCCUCUCUUCAAAUUAGUGUUGAAUUUAUUCGCGUUUUGUUCACUUCUUUGCUUAAGUAUAUCAAUAAAGAAGUCUCGAAGCAGUCCAUCGCUGACACUCCAUCUCAGACUCAGACCAACGGAACUAAUAUAACCGAUAAUGAGAGACAAAUAUUGGCUAAAUUUGAACACCUCUUGAAAGCGUUUCUUCACGAAAAGCCUUCUUUACAGCUCAUAGCGCUCUACGCUCUGCAGAGCUAUUGCUUUGGAUUGAAUUUCCCCAAAGGAAUGCUUUUGCGUUGGUUUCUAAUGCUUUACGACUUGGAAGUGAUCGAAGAGGAAGUGUUCAUCAAAUGGAAAGAAGACAUCAAUGAUGAAUACCCGGGCAAAGGAAAGGCAUUAUUUCAAGUGAACCAAUGGCUCACGUGGUUGGAAGAGGCAGAGGAGGAGGAGGAGGACGAGGAAGACACCGAUCCGAUCCUCAAUUAGUUGAUUGAUUUGUUGACCAUUUAGUUGUUGAGACGACCAAACACUUCGAUGUCCUCUCCGACCGCUUUCUAUAAUCUUUGAAUUUGUGUCUCAGCACUAAAUCUAUUCAUUUUUCUGAUAUCUCUCUCAAUUGCUUUCUUUUUAUAACACUUCUAUCAAAAGUAGAAUAAAUGGAUUCUUUGUCUAUAAUCUCAUUUAAUUCUUGUAUACUGUUUACACAAACCUUUUAUAAUGUCUUUUCAGUUAUUAUACUAAUUUUAUGUUUAGGCAAAUAGACUUUUGAUUCAAAAACUAG